ACGAACAAUGCGAUAAUAUAAUUACUUAUUGUAUUAUUAUGGAAAUACUCAAUUGAUAGUAGUUUCGGUUAUAAAGUAACUUGAAAUUUAUAUCAAUCAUAAAAAUUAAAGUCUCCAUAGUGAUAGAUUUUUAAGUAUCUUUUAUUCCAGUUUUUAUUUAACACCAAUUAAUGUGUAUCAAUAAAAUUAAAUUUAUACCAUUUUUCGGGGGAGCGAAUACUGUCAUUUAUUCUUCAUUCUCUUAACAUUUCCAAAAAUUCUUUCAUCUUCAGUCAAUUCUAUAAACACUAAUAUCACAAUAUAUUAUCCAAUCUAUAUCUACAAAUUUUUUUACCUUUUUGUUUAUUGCAAAUCCGUUCUGCGAGGUUGUCAUGUGAUUUAUCGUAUGAAUCACCGAAUUUUUAUUUUAUACUUAAAAAUAUCAUUUCAAUAUAUAAACUGCAAUUUUACUAUUUUUUUUGUUAUUAUAUUUUUAUAUAAAAAUUAUUUGAAUCACCUUUCUACAAUUUUUAGUAUUUUGGACCAGAUUUUUUUAAAAAUUAUAAAAUUAUUCAUCUAUUAGCUUUUAUAUAUAAAAAUAUAUAUAUAUAUAUAUAUUUUAAUCAAUAUAGUGAAGUAAUAAAAGUUU